AUGAACUCUGAAUGCUCUCGGAUUCGCCCGACCAAACUAUUGCUUCUCAAAUCUCUUUUUCCUUUUCUGCCCUUCCGUCCAGUCCGCUUCCUCCUCUGCCGCCCUCAUCUCGAUAUCACACGGAGCUAUAACACACCGGCGCCUACCAGUAUUUUUCUCCCUCAUCACAAGUCUACCGAGCGAAAAAGCUGCCAGCUUGAUCCCUCUUCUGCCCAGUCUAAAUGUCUCCGGGUAUCCGUACCAUCGUCGACUGACAAAGUUGUCCGUCCCAAUCCGGUCUUGGCCUCUCCCGGGGCCCCACGAAUGCAAUCAUUCAACAUAAAGACUUCAUUAACUCAUUCCGCCCUCUCCCACCUUUUUGGCGGCGGCAACGUCCCGAUGCCAGAAAUAGCGUCGGAGCUCCAGCAGCCACCUGGUCACUCCAUGCCAGUGGGGCUCUCGACCCGCACCGUCAUCUCUGGCAAAGCGAGAGCCUCGUGGCCCACGAUGGCCCCGUUGCCCUACACACGAGAUUACGAGCUCGUGAAUGGACUCUUCCAGUCUUCCACGCCUACCACGGUGCUGCCGCCUGCGAGCCUCGUACACAACCCAGAAUUCAAAAUGCAAAAUCCUGCCCCGCCCAUCAUCCCUUUCGGGACCGUCUACGAGAUUUCCGGGAAUUGCUGUUGCCCCUUGGAGACAAACGAGAGUUGUUCAUCUCGGGGUGAUCCGUCGUGUGGGGUGGAGUCUUACCGAGCAUAUGGUCCGAGCCACAUGUGGCGCUCCCUUGUGGCGUCCGUCCGCUCCGAUUCACCACGGCGCCACAGAGAGACAAAUAACGACUCUCCUCACUGGGUCACUUCCGCAACCAUCAUCAUCCGGUUUGAUGUUAUCUUGACAAGUUGCCCAAGCUGCACCGUCCAGAGGCACAUCUCAUUGCCCAUGUUCCUGAAUAAGGUCUGCUCAUUUUUGACACGUACAAGAAUUUCAUUCCCAUGGGCAGUUCCCAACCAGGCGUUUGCUAAGCUUCUUGGUGAGCAUGAUGAAGAGUUCUUGCAGUUCGCCCGUGAUGCUCUUGCGCUGAGGUGGCGGUCACGGCCACAUCUUGCCUGCGAACACGAUACAUGCAACGAUACCAAAGCAGUCUGGCAGGCGAUUAUCUUGCGCAAAAGGACGAUUCGGGACAUGCAUCGCUCAUCUGUUCUGCCGGACCAGAGCCUGUCCAAGUACCAAAGACAACCCGCGCAUCCCUGCUUGGCUAGCAGUGUCGACCUCAACCUCGUGAACUUCCCGGCCGCGGUUUUCCAGGAAAGUUGCGAAGCACAGCAGGUGUCUGAGGAUUGGGCGCCAGUGCUAGGCAAAGAUUCAGUUGGCAGGCAUCUGCAGUACAGUAAUCACGACACACAAGACCUCGAUUUGAGGAUGCCCAUCAGCGACAAAGUUCCGACUCUUGCUUGGCCUUGUACGAAUGCAGCUAACCGUCGCCAUGCUGCGAGAGCCCCGCGCGAUCACCACCGAGUUACAGAGGCGAUGACCGUCUUGUGCACCAGACUAAUCAUAGCAGGAGGCGGUGUGGCACUUUUCGGCAUUACAAGUGCCACAGCAUCAACGGCGAGUGACUGCACGAUCGGACUACCUUGCCCGAAAUGUCUCAGCAAAAGGUUGCCGGCAGAGGCCUUCAUUGAGGAGCAAGUUUCUUUAGCCCUCCUUGCGAAGAAGCAACUGUGA